AUGUUCUCCGCCCUCCCCCGCCCUGCCCGCGCCGCUCUCCGCCGCAGCUUCAGCACCUCGGCCCAGAACAAUGCGAACGUAGCGGUGCUAGGGGCUUCGGGAGGAAUCGGGCAGCCCUUUGCACUUCUUCUCCUCAAGAACAGUCCCUCGGUGAGCCGCCUGACCCUCUACGAUACUGCUCAUACGCCCGGAGUGGCCGCAGAUCUGAGCCACAUCGAGACCAGAGCAACGGUGAAAGGCUACCUCGGACCUGAGCUGCUGCCGCAUUGCCUGAAAGGCUGCGAUGUGGCGGUUAUUCCAGCAGGAGUCCCGAGAAAACCAGGCAUGACCUGGGAUGACCUGUUCAACACCAAUGCCUCCACUGUGGCCACCGUGUCUGCUGCCUGCGCCCAGCAUGGCCCCGAGGCCGUCAUCAUUUCCAAUCCGGUGAACUCCACCAUCCCAAUUGCAACGGAAGUUUUCAAGAAACAGGUCUACAACCCCAAUAAAAUCUUCGGGGUGAUGACCCUGGACACUGUCAGAGCCAACACUUUCAUUGCGGAACUGAAGGGUUUGGAUCCCACUCGAGUCAAUGUUCCUGUCAUUGGUGGCCAUGCUGGGAAGACCAUCAUCCCCCUGAUCUCGCAGUGCACUGCCCAGGUGGACCUUCCCCAGGACCAGCUAACAGCCAUGGCUGGGCGGAUCCAGGAGGCCGGCACCGAGGUGGUGAAGGCCAACACUGGAGCAGCCUCAGCCACCCUGUCCAUGGCGUACGCUGGAACCCGGUUUGUCUUCUCCCUUGUGGAUGCGAUGAACGGAAAGGAAGGAGUUGUGGAGUCUUCCUUUGUUAAGUCCCCAGAAGCAGACUGUGCCUAUUUCUCCACCCUGUCACUGAGCUGA